ACAAAGCAGAAGCAGCAUUUUAUUUUGAUUUUGUUCGUUAAUUUGUUUUGGCCGGCUUUCGUGGCUAUGUCUACCUUGGAGCAGCUGGUGCUGGACAUGGAAUCCGUUUGCAGGACCUGCCUGCAGGAUGGUGACGCCCACAUGGUCUCCAUUUAUGAGCGAGAUGAGGCAAAGGACCGCGGCGGCAUUUCCCUGUGCGAGAAAAUCGAAAGUUUCACUGGCAUACAAAUGAAACGCACAGAUGAUCUGCCCACCAGAAUUUGUGUCAAGUGCAAAGCAUUUCUCACCAUGGCCCACAAAUUUCGACAGAUUUGUCAACGUUCAAAUGAUUUUCUGCGAGAUUAUGUCUGCAAGAGUGUGGCAGUGGAGCCGGAGGCCAGUUCACCAUCGCCGCAACAUGCCGCAGAGACGGAAGAUUAUGAACAAUUGGAAGUUGAGGUGUUGGAAGAGGGCAUGUGGUCCACGGAUGAUAUAAUCGAGCAGGAACAACCCACCAAAGAAGUCGAGCAAACAGAGACGGUAACAGUCCUAACCGUGGCGACGGCACUACCGACUCCACAGCUAGUCGAAGCCACUACCAACAGUGCGGGCAAAGUCUAUGUCUGUGAUAUGUGUGGCAACAGAUAUCCCCGCAAGAGCACACUGGACACGCACAUGCGACGACAUCGCAACGAGCGGCCCUACGAGUGCGAAAUCUGUCACAUGUCCUUUCACGUCAACUACCAACUAAUGCGCCACAUACGCAAGCAUACGGGCGCACGUCCAUAUCGCUGUCCCUAUUGCCAGCGACGUUUUGCUGAUCGCACUUCGCUGGUGAAGCACGAACGUACGCAUCGCAAUGAGCGUCCCUAUGUCUGUGAGACUUGCGGCAAGAACUUCACCUACGCCAGCGUCCUAAAGGUUCACUACAAAACGCACACGGGCGAAAAGCCGCACAUCUGUCGACUCUGCGGCAAGAGCUUUGCCAGGAAUCACAAUCUGGUGGCUCAUCUGCAAACGCAACAGCAUCUAAAUGAUCCACGCACCGCCAGCUAUUUGAACACGCUGAAAGCUGGGAAUGCCCCUGCGGUUGGUUAGGAAGAGGAUCCUAAAUGUAAAUGGAUCCUUUUUGUUUUAAUUUUUACAAUUUCUUUUCAUUUAUUUAACUUACAUGCAAGCGGUACACAUUUUGGGAGGAGGAGGUUUUUAAUCCACGUUUUGUCUUACAAAUUUGUACAACUUUUAAUCUGUUGUACGGGAGAAAUGCCGAAAGUUGAUUGUGGGACUUUUGUUUUCGAGAUAAACUUAAGUAGGGAAAGAGAAGAAGGUGUUUUCUUGUAUAUUUUAACAAAAUGAAAUAACAAACUAUGAACUUG